AUGCAGAUCCAUUGUAUCCCGGGGGACUGGCAAGACGAACUUAAUUGGCUGAUGCAGAACACAAAGGGAAAAGGAGCAAGGGCGGCUGUCAUUAAAAUGGCGGCAUCUGAAACUAUAUAUGAACUUUGGAUGAUUAGGAAUAAAAAUUUUUUUGAUAUGAAUGAAGAUACAACCAUAGUGGGGAAGAAAGUUAUAGAUGCAUUGGUAUACAGAGGAUGGAAUACCAAGAAAAUUAGAAAAUACAUAGCUAUUCUUAUGUUAGAUGGGGGAUAG